AGCUAGAUUAUACUGAAUAUCGAGAAAUGUCAUUGCCAAUAAGCUAGCUGAGAUUUAAACAGCUUUUAUGGGAUAUUGUCUAGUUAUCAAGAGUACAUGUGCAUGUAACAGGAUUGUGGACAAAAUAUUGGGAAAUUCAGUUUUACUUUGCAAGUUUGUCAGAAGGUCGUACUAGUUUCUUGGAUAUACAUUUCUAUUACAGUGACCACUUAAAGCAAAUAAAGGAAUAUCUUGGAGGUACAGGUCUACCUGGUCGAGCGGCCAUUAGGAAUGGCAUUCCUCCAACUUCCGGCUCAAAAAGGGCGCCACCAUCACCGGAAGUCUAACGGGCAGACAGGGGAGAAGACGGCUCCUGCGUGUCGUGUGCUCAGUGUCCCAUCGGACCCUAAUGGGAGUCGCUACAAACCACAUCCGGAUGAACACCAAAAUCUCAAAGUUCAAGAAUCUGACGGGAAUUUCUUCGAAAAUUUCACUGCGUUGUCAUGGCGACAAGAAAACAAACGUCUUCGAGCAACAAAUGAGGAUGAUCGUGACACGUCAAAGCCACCGCCUCUAGAGAACCAGUAUGCCCCAAAACCCUCCCUGCACUCACCCUCUAAGAAGGAGUUCGAGAUGCUAUAUGUGGAGGUCCUUUACACAAUCAAGCACAAAAUUGGGAUAACAAUUGGGGGGCACCUGCCAUUUAUACAGGACCUCUACCAGUAUGCGCAGCAAGCCUUCAAGGUCUCUCCAGAAGACCACGCCCGAUUGCUCGCACAGGCCACGAAGGAAAAGCCACCUAUAGUUAUUCUGAAUGCCACCGUUCUGGAAGCCCGGAACCUUGAAGCCAAAGAUGCCGACGGGUUCAGUGACCCAUACUGUAUGCUGGGGAUCAUGCCGGGGAGACGCAUGCAGAGUUUCGAAGGCUCCCAAGAAGGCAGCAUGGGCUCUUCUGACGAGGAAAACAGCCCACGUUCGAAGGACAAGGCUUUCAAAAGGUUUUCUCUGAAGAAGAAGUCUGCAGCAUUGAGGGAUAUGUUGCCAGCCAAAUACAUCCAGACGACCAGCGUCAGACCCAACACUCUGAAUCCCGUGUGGAACGAGAAGUUCCGAUUUGACCUGGAAGAUGUGAAGACAGACCGUGUUCACCUGGACAUCUGGGACCACGAUGACGAGUUCUCUGUUAUCGAGGCUGCUAAGAAACUGAAUGAAGUUCAAGGUAUAAAGGGUCUCGGGCGUUACUUCAAACAGGUGGCACAGUCGGCACGUACCAGCAAGAGCAGUGGAAACACUGUUGAUGAUUUCCUGGGAUGUCUCAAUGUUGCACUAGAUGAUAUUCCUUCCUCGGGCCAUGAGAAGUGGUAUCAGCUUGAAGGCAGGUCGUCACGUUCAAGUGUUGAUGGGCAGAUCAAACUUCGGUUGACCCUAGCAACGAGGGAGGACAGAGGAAUUCCGGAAGAUGACAACUGGACUGAUGUCAGACAGCAUGAGGACCUUAUGUGUAUAUUUAUAGAACAUGAGGUCAGGAAAUGCAAGGAGGGGUCAUACAGAUGGAAUGGAGAACUUCCUCAGGCUGCUCAGACAAUCUUACACCAGCACGCCAUACAAGGGGAUGUUACUUCUGUACAGCAAGCAGUCUGUCGAUGGAUGGCGUACAGCAGGAAACACCUAGAACAUCCCCUUGACUACCAGGUCUUGCUUGGUUACCUUCAAGAUCUGGAUAAACUGUGGGAACCAACCUCACUCUCUAGGGAGGAGCUUCGGCUUUUUGCAUUGGAGGAGUGCCUUGCAGAAUCGCUCACCCGAUUUAUCGACCACAGUCUCGCGUUGAUUCACCGUCAACGCGAGGUGUUUCCGACAAAUAAUCGACAGGCGAUGCAACGACUGGAGGGGAUGUUACGAUGUUUGUCUGGAAUUUACAGCAUGCAGGUGUUCAAACGCACAUGUCCGUUCCAUAAAGAGCUUCAUCCAGAAAUUACCAUCAUUAUUAAGAAAAGUGCUAGCGAGUGGUAUGAGCGAACUUCAAAGCGUUGUCACAAGCGUACAGCCGUGGCAGGUGAGGAGGAUGUCAUACACGGCUUACUUGAGCUCACAAAUCAGCUAAAUGCUGACUUACACCAUGCCGUCAUCUUCUACAACAAGCUCUAUGAGCAACUAGUGGAUGUGCAAUAUUUUAGAGUAACCUAUCAAGUUAUUGAAAAACUGCUUGCCAGCGAUGUUAGAACAGCAUUAAAGGAGGAGUUUGGUGAGGAGGUGACGGGCACUCUGACAGGCUCCCUGACCCGGCUGGAGCGUGCCGACGCCCAGCAGCCCGACUCCCCAGGUAUUGUUGGUAUCAUGGGAACACAGUUGUUCGAGCUCUAUCUGGCGCUGCAAGAGUUCUGCAAGUUUAAAGAACAUCUUCCAAAUAGCAUCAAGAAGGAUUUAUCAAUCUGUCGAUACUACCAGUGGUUCACGUUUGCGGUAAAGAAGUGGCUUCACAUCGCAAAACAGAAGGCUUACAAGCGAAUACAUAAAGCUGUUGAACUAGACAAGACAGUGGACAUCAAGUCGGGUGUUAAAUACAGCACCUCUGCUGUGGAUGUUUGCUGCUGUUUUUCCCAGAUGACGGAGUUUUGGCGUAACCUGGACUGGCCAGAUGUACUGGACGCGUUACCAAUGGCUCGUAAGCUAACUGAGGACGUGUGCGCUGGGGCAGCACUGUACGCAGACCUCAUACACGAGAAACUGAGGCGGGCUGGGUACUAUGAUGACGAAGGACAAUUUGACGUCACAGAACAGUUGUGUAUCACAAUCAACAAUAUAGAACAAGUACGGAAGUCCCUUACGCCCAUGCCCGAGAUGUUACAGUUCAACGAGAUCCAAACUGCCCUGGAAAACCAAAACGUGAAGAAUCGUUCGAAAUACGACCUCAACCUUAUUCUCAACAAAACUGAUCAGGAGAUGGUUGGCAAGAUUAAAAAUGUGGUGGACCGGGUAGCAGAUAAGAUGCGGCCUGACAUAAAGAAAGAUGUGUUCCACCUGAACUGGGCACCAGAUGCUGUGCCUGCAGACGACGCUAUAGGCGACCUAUUAGAAUACCUGGACAGUAACCUUCUUGUUAUGAACAAUAAUCUGCUCAAGUCCAACUUUGACCGCAUCCUGGAGUCCAUCUGGAUUGAAUGCCUUGAGGAGUUUCGAGAAGCUCUUGAUGCUGAGGAAGCAAAGACACCUGUGUUUUACCAGCGCAUGUUUGAUGCUAUUGGACUGCUGGUCCAGUUUUUCAAUGCCAAUGACAAGGGACUGCUAAUGCAGAACAUUGUCUGUCCCCUGUAUCAGGACUUGAAACAUGAGCUUAGUCUACAUAAGAUGGACACGUUUGAUCUCAUAGAGGCAUUCUAUGAGGAAAAACUCCAAGAACAGAAAUCCUGGACAAGCACCGAGUUUGGUACAUUGAGCGUGCGUGUCUGGUACAAGCGUGACUCCAGGACCAUGCUCGUGGAAGUGCUGAGUGCCCAUGAUGUGAUCCCUCUCGACGCAAAUGGUCUCAGCGACCCAUACGUGAUUGUGUCCUUCUGUCCUGAGCACAUGUUUCCCUCCGUUCCCUCCCAGACCACCAAGAUUGUGAAGAAAACACUCAACCCAGAGUUUGAUGAGUCAUUUGAAUUUAAUGUGUCACUGACCCAAUGCAAGAAGAAGGGUGCUGCUCUUGUGUUCACAGUGAUGGACCACGACUACGUAUUCCAGAACGACUUUGCCGGCGAGGUGUUUAUGGCCUUGUCAGAAAUCCCUGGAGUUGAUGGGGAUGAGGUGUCAGGAUACGAGGCUCUCAAUGUCGUCACUCUACCACUUACACAGCCUAGCAAAAGGAAGACUGGUGCUCUGGCAGUGUUGUCUACGCGUGACUGGGACAAGGCUGCUCAAGAUUUGGUGAAGCUGCGAAGCAAAGUUCAAGACCAGUCUACAUAAGCAAAUGGACUGUAAUAACAUGCACCAGACUAUUGUAUAGUUAUCGAUGUUGGAUAUGAAUGUAUAAUUUUACAUGGGCGUAGGUUUAUCUUGUGCAAUGUGAUAGUCAAUAUGUCUAUUUGAUUAAAACCCAGUUAAGAAGAUUUGUAAUGGUGAUGAUAUGAAGCAGUUUUUAUUAUUACUCAUUUGUUUGAACUUUUUUACUUUUUUAUGGCUGAACAAAAGUGGGGAUGGGGGGGGGGGGUGCAAUAUUAAUUUGCCCUUUUUUGUCCAUGUGUCCAGAACUUGUGUAGCACACAACUCUAAAGCUAUUUCACCUUCAGUCAAGAAACCUUGGUUAGCUUUGGCCUUCAAGCUGGCAAAAAUUGGCAUUUUUGGAUUUGAUGAAAUUGUAUUGAUAAUAAACACAAAAUUAUUAGUCAUACAACUCAUGUAAUCUUUCAGGAAGGUGUUUUUAAGUUAUGGAACUCAUAAUUGUAAUGCACAUAUAUGGAGAAUGUACAAAAUGAUGGCCCUUGCUUUUGUGACAAACACGGCAUAUGGGGCAUCCGUGUCCUAUGGACACUUGUCAAGUUUCUUCAUCAUUCCGCUAUACAUCUGUACACGAUUGUUGUAGUAGACUGACCAGUAGGGUUGGUGUGUGUCAUUUCUAGUCUUUUAUCACUUUACACUUUGUUCAUAUCCCCACACUAAAUGAGUUUUCUAGUCAAUCCAUUUAUAUGAAGAUAGUGUGUCAUGGACGCCAGUUUGUGCUACAAUGUCUCUUCCUUAAAUAGCAAAUCUUGCAGGCAUUUCUUCAGUUAUAAAUAAUAUUAAUUUAACUAUUUUCAAUAUCAUUGUUAAACAUGAUAGAAUUGUCAUUAUAAACUUUUUGUGAUUAAGUAAAUAUCUGUUAUUUGUUGUUUGAAAAUGUCAGUUUCAUGUUAACCCCCUUUCAUUGGUCAAUUUAAUGUUAGCACCCUUCCGUUGUCUAUUUCAUGUUUACCCCCUUUCAUUGUCUAUUUCAUGUUAACCCCUUUCAGUGUCUAUUUCAUGUUAACCCCCUUUCAUUGUCUAUUUCAUGUUAAUCCCCUUUCAUUGUCUAUUUCAUGUUAACCCCCUUUCAUUGUCUAUUUCAUGUUAACCCCUUUCAGUGUCUAUUUCAUGUUAACCCCUUUCAUUGUCUUUUUCAUGUUAACCCCCUUUCAUUGUCUAUUUCAUGUCAUCCCCUUUUCAUUGGUCAAUUUAAUGUUAACCCAAUUUUUAUUUGUCUUUGACCUUGUUUCUUUAGUCCAAGUUUUAACCCAGUUAUAAUUUAAUUAUUGACUAUAUAUUAACUGCAUUUGUAUUUGCUUGUUGCAUUUUAACUUCAUGUUCAUUGGAUUUUUACAUCAACCCCUUUAUUAUCACAUCUUUUUUAAUAUUUUCAACAUUAUUUUGACAUUGUUUAUUGUUUUGGCUUUGUUGAUAAUUGAUGUUCCUGCAAAUUAUCUGUCUUUAUAUUUUAUGAUUAUAUAAUAUUAUUAGAAUGAUACAAAACUUUUAACAUUUGUUUAUAAUGUAUUAUUAUUAUUAUUACUAUUAUCAUUAUUGGUAAAUUUCACACCUUGGACACAUACAAGAAGUUUAUUGGUCCCUGUUCCAACCAAAGGUAUAUUUAUCAUGUUCAUGUGUGAUAGAACUUGUAUAUGUUACACAAGCUCACUUCUUCACAUGUCAUGAUGUUUGGCAGCCUCACAAGAUUGAGGGACUUUUGAAAUAUUUAUUACAAUUGAUAUGAUAAUUCAUCUGCAAUGGGUUUUUUCAAUGCAUUUUAUUUUCUUGAUGCAUUUUUUACAAUAACUAAAGUCAUUUUUCCAUAGCAACCAUUGUUUUCAUCUUGAUUUAUUUUGACUGCAAUUAAAGUGUCUGUUUCAAACAGCCUUAUUGUUUUAAAAAUACUUAAAUAAAUCAUCAAACACAUUUUCAUUUAUGAUUCCAUGUUAUAAUGUAAUAAAUAUAUAUAAAAUUAUAAGCUUAUAUGAUUUUGAAUAUUAAUAUGAUUAUAAGGUGUGUCAUUUCAAUAAUGAACUUUCAUUUCGACAUCAAAUUUGACAUCAAAUUAAGUUUUUUUAAAAUGCCCAAUGUAUGAUCUUAACUCAGAAAACAUGCCUUACACAAUUUUAGAUAUAUCAUCAUGAAUUCUGCUUCCUGAAAUCCCAUUAAGGUGCAGUACCAAAUUGAACAAAAGCAAAUGUACAUCCAGAGGCCCAAAAUCACUUGAAUUAAAUAAGUUGUGGUAAUUUAAAUGUGUUUUACAUUUAGUGCAAUAAUUCAUUCCAAAUAUUUUCUUGCACAAAUUUGAACCUUUUAAUAUUGUUGUUAUGUGUAUUUUUUUUAAAAGAUUGCCAGUUAUUUGUAUUUAUUUCAGAGUUUUAAAUUUUAAAAUGUUUAUGUAUUAUUAUGUAUUAAAGUAAAUGUG